AAUCAGAUUAACUUGAACAUAGAGAAAGGGGGAAGACGAGAAGAGAAAUUCAGAAAUGUGCAAAGACAGAUCCAGAAUCAUCAAACCGCAUCAGAACCACCACAAUGGAUAACCAAAUAGACGCAUUCCUAAAGAAACUCUCAUACGGCGCCAUAGCCAUAGCUUCACUCACACUCUUCUCUCUCUUCCUCCGAACCCCCGACACCUGCGUCCCUCAAGAAGCCCCUUCCAAACCCCACCUCCGCUUCCCCAAAUCCUCCUGCGACUUCAUCUCCACCCGCCCCCACCUCCCCUCCGACAAGAAAAACAACCGCCUCUGGUCCUCCCGCGACUGGAACAACAAACUCCACUCCAUCUCCCUCAUCUUCCUCCCGAUUCGCGAUCUAGGUCUCCUCCCUAACCACUCCAAGAUCGUCUGUGUGUCCGCCGGUGCCGGUCAUGAAGUUGCUGCGUUACAGAGUCUCGGUGUCGAUGAUGUUACGGGAGUUGAGCUUUUUGACUCUCCGCCGCUUGUGAGCCGGGCUGAUCCGCAUAAUUUGCCGUUUUUCGAUGGUGCGUUUGAUUUUGGGUUCACUGCGAGGUUUGAUGAGGCGCUGUUUCCGGCGAGAUUUGCGGCGGAGAUGGAAAGGGUUAUUAGGCCGGGUGGUGUUUGUUUUGUUCUUGUUGGGGAGUGUGGGUCACAUGAGGUGAGAGAUGUUGUUCGGUUGUUUAGGAAGUCAAAAUUUGUUAGUUCGAGUAAUGUUACUUUUAUUGGAAGUAGAAUGACAAGUAUUCUUUUGAGAACUAGAAAAUCUUCUUAAUUCAUGUUUACAUUUUUUUUUUCAAAUGUUAUGUGAUUUAUUUGUGUAUGUGUAUUUGUUUAUUUGAUUUCUUAUGUUUCUAGUUUGUUAAUGUUAUUAUAUAUGGAAUGAUGUUGAUGAGUUUUAGACUAUGAUGAACCAUCGAGUCUUUGAACGCAAGUUGCGUCCGAUGCCAUUAGGUUGAGGGCACGUCUGCCUGUGUCAUAUAUUGAAGAAAAAGAACACGCUGACAUAGCUAAUAAUUUGAGAAAAUGAAAGUGAUCGAGAAUAAUCAAAUGGGCCUGUGUCCUGUUGGACAUAAUGUGUAUUGGACAUCUGAUACAACUACAAUUUGAAGUGUCGGUGCUAUGUAGUAGGUUUUAGAAUGCAUGCAUCAUUUGGUUAGACUCACUGCAGCAUUGUCUGAAUCAAAAUUGUGUUUGGCAGAAAUUCUUAGAAAAGCUCUGCUGUAUGAAUCAGUGUAAUAACUAGUUAUUGGACUGAGUUUAGCUCUUUUGCUGUUUUUUUAUAUAAAUGUCUUAUGCAUAUGGAAUCUAUGGUAUGUGGAAGUAUUAUAGUGGUUCUGUUCUUGAGGAGUUAGGCUAUCUGAAAACUUGCAAGAUGAUUUGGAUAAAUAUUAUGCCAUCAAAUUGUGAGCCUGUAUAGGCCUUUGCUAGUUUUGAUCAGAGUAGUCGAUAGCGGCCAUUAGCAGUGCUAUAGCGGUGCGAAGCGGAGGCCGGCCGCUAUCAGAAGAGCCUUUGCAGUGCAGAACACUAUAGUGCCGCUAUCGAGUAAAUAGUGGGUAGCGGGGGCAAAGAGGUUCUCGGCCCGGAGCGGUUUUCGUCCCGCCAUUCUUUUCCCCUCUGAAAAACUAAAAUUACCUCUUAAAUUUAAAACGUUUUAAGGGUGAUUUUGGAUUUUUUAAUCAAAUUUGAGUUGAGACUCAACUCAAACCUUCCUUCACCGACGUUUCUACACUUCACCCGUUCCAAAGAAAAAUUACAAGUUCCUCCCUCACCUCUCACUUCAUAUGUUUAUAAUUAUUAUUCCUGUAAUUUAUUCAAAAAAUGAUCAAAUAGCGGUCAUCCUGCCAUAUGCUAUCCCGCUAUCCCGCUAUCCCAUUUUUGGGGUCAUCCAUUCUGCGCCGCUAUCCAAGAUUGAUCAUUCUGGUUUUGAUUGAGAUUGUUUUUGUACAUUAAGAUCUGUUAGUUUUUUUUUGCGAUUUAACUUAAAAGAAUAAUAAUUUUUUGUGCCUUUUAUGCAUCUUUUUUAACAUUAUGCUAUGGCAUGUAUGCAUUAGGGAAUUUUACUUUGAACAUAAGUUAGGAUAUUGUUAUUACAGUGAUUUU